AUGGCCUCUUUUGGAUAUUUCCUGUUUCUCUGUGGGUUGAGUCAGGCUCUGUCAAGUUACCCAAUCUGGUGGUCCUUGGCAAUUGGUCACCAGUAUUCCUCUCUGGGGACUCAGCCCAUCCUCUGUGGGAGCAUCCCAGGACUGGUCCCCAAGCAGCUACGAUUCUGUCGGAACUAUGUGGAGAUCAUGCCCAGCGUAGCAGAAGGGGUGAAGAUUGGGAUCCAAGAGUGUCAACACCAAUUUCGAGGGAGGAGGUGGAACUGCACAACUGUCAAUGACAGCUUGGCCAUCUUCGGACCCGUGCUAGACAAAGCUACCAGGGAAUCCGCCUUCGUCCAUGCCAUUGCUUCUGCCGGAGUGGCUUUUGCAGUGACCAGGUCCUGUGCCGAAGGCUCGGCCACCAUCUGCGGCUGUGACACUCGUCAUAAGGGCUCUCCAGGGGAAGGCUGGAAAUGGGGAGGCUGCAGUGAGGACGUGGAGUUUGGGAGCAUGGUGUCUCGGGAAUUCGCUGAUGCCCGAGAGAACAGACCGGAUGCUCGGUCAGCCAUGAACAGGCACAACAAUGAAGCUGGAAGGACCUCCAUUAUAGAACUCAUGCAUCUGAAGUGCAAAUGUCACGGCCUCUCGGGCAGCUGUGAAGUGAAGACCUGCUGGUGGUCUCAGCCUGACUUCAGGGUCAUCGGGGAUUACCUGAAGGACAAAUACGACAGCGCUUCGGAAAUGGUGGUGGAAAAACACCGGGAAUCCCGUGGUUGGGUCGAGACCCUGCGGCCCAAAUACAACUUCUUCAAGGCUCCGACUGAGAAGGACCUGGUUUACUAUGAGAACUCACCCAACUUUUGUGAGCCCAACCCUGAGACGGGUUCCUUCGGGACUCGUGACAGGAUCUGUAACGUCACUUCCCAUGGGAUUGACGGCUGUGACCUUUUGUGCUGCGGCCGCGGGCACAACACGAGGACUGAGAAACGGAAAGAGAAGUGCCACUGUAUCUUCCACUGGUGCUGCUACGUCCGCUGCCAGGAAUGCAUACGAGUCUACGAUGUCCACACGUGCAAGUAA